UCUCCAGCAAGGAAUGGAUUUGUCGCGGUGUCUCUCGCAUUCACAGUUUUUCCUCCCCCAUCGUGAAAUUUGCAAUUAUUUCAGGUGAUAAUUCACAUCAAAUUACCUGAGACAUUAGCUCAAGCAAUACCCCACAGUGCUGGCAAUGAGAAUUAGUGCAAAGUGUCCUGUCCAAGGAAACAUAUCACAGUGAAAAUCUCGUGAUAAUUCACAUCAAAAGAAAAAAAAAGUGAAAUUUUCUACAGUGAGUGGCACCGCAGAGAAAAUUGUGGGUGGAAAAUUCAUCAUAAUUUGCCGGCAAUUGUAACAAAAAAAUAUAUAACGACAAAAGCUAUGAGCAAAUAUCAGCAAAUUUCAACACAAGAUGGGCAGAAUCAGCAUCAAGAUGAUUCACUGGAGUAUUUUAUAAGAUUUCCAACACCAAAAAAUGGAAAUGGUGCAGAACAAAAUGGAACAUCAUCUGAGGCUGAUUAUGUUUUUAUUCACAACGAAAAUACCGUUCCAAUUGUCCUGCUGCUGGGCUGGGCAGGAUGCCAAGAUAAAUAUCUAAUGAAGUACUCCAAAAUCUACGAAGAUCGAGGAUUGAUCACUGUGCGCUAUACAGCUCCCGUGGAGAACCUGUUUUGGAAACGAUCAUCCCUGAAAGUGAUCGGCGAGAAGAUUCUCAAGCUGAUCUACGACAUGAACUUCGACGCUCAUCCCUUAUUCUUUCAUAUAUUUUCCAAUGGUGGUGCCUACAUGUAUCAGCACAUUAACUUUGCUAUGAGGCGCUCUCCGCGUCCCGUCCAAGUACAGGGCAUGAUCUUUGACUCUGCACCCGGAGAACGUCGCUUUUCGAGUCUCUAUGGUGCUAUCAGUGCAAUCUAUGGGCGCCAUAGAUCCUUCAGCUGGCUGGUGUCCUUUUUGAUCUCAGCCACACUGACUGUGAUGUGGCUCCUGGAGGAUUUCGCGUCGGUUAUCCGAAGCUUCUGGAAUCCCCAUGAGCCACCACUCUGGAAUCCAAUGAAGAAUCUCAAAAACGCAACUCAUUCAUGCCCCCAAAUGUUUCUUUAUUCCAAAGAAGACACAAUCAUUCCAUACAAGGACAUUGAAUGUUUCGCAGACUAUCGACAGAGCAAGGGAGUGUUCGUUAAAAAGAUUUGCUUUGAGAAAUCUGAGCACGUGAAGCACUUUAUAAUGCAUCCUCAGCAUUACGUUAAAUGCGUCUGUCGCUUUAUCAGCGAUUGCCUGGCAUCCUAUCAGGCUUCAGGGCCAUCAACGAAAAUUGAUUAAAGCCGUAGGAAGCAUCAAAAAAAAUUCUCAAUUACUAAGCACACUCUAUUUGCACAACUUUCCACUUUGGUGAUAUUAAGAUGAGACGAACUGGGAGGAUUAUUUUCUUAUUAAAAAAAAUAAAAGAACAAUUCGAGAGAUGGAGGAAGAGUAAAAUUAUGAGCAAAAGGACAUUUUGUCAGCCUUAAUCAAUUGAACUUACAAAAUUAUCUGUUAUCCAACUGAAGAGUCGCAAAUGUCUCUUCAAUGGCGAAUUUGAGAGAUGCUUUAAUAGAAUUUCAUUAGUUAGUAGACUAUUUAAUGAGAAAAUUGUUGCUAUAGAGAAGGAUAUUUUCAUGAGAAAACAUAAUUCCCAGAAAUAUUCACAGGAUCAAUUUUAGGAAAUUUUAAGCAAAAUUAGAAAGAAAUAGCAUCAAAUUAAAUUGAAAUAAAAAACAAUCUACUCAAGGAUUCAAAUACAUUUUAUUUAAUGGGUGAUAGACUUCAAUUUGUGUUCUAUUUGAUGGAUAUAUCAAUAAUAAAAUCACUUUAUAAUUUAAA